GCUUGCUCUGCGCAACCCGGGAGUGAGUGGCGCUGUGCCAGGGGACAGGAAUGGAACAGCCUGUACCCUUAAUGGGACCUGGGAGGGACGGGUGGCAAGAAGAGGAGGACUGGGGAGAUCAAAGCCCGGCUUCAUUCAACUCAGGGAGCUGAACGGAGAGCCAGUCACCCGGCGAUGCGGCGGCGCCGGAAGAGGCUAAGGCGCAGGAGCUGGUACAGGUCUACCACAGAAAUCCGGAAGGAGAAAUCGAGGGACGCGGCACGAUGCCGCCGCAGCAAGGAGACGGAGGUUUUUCUACCAGCUGGCGCAUACCCUGCCCUUUGCCGGGGGGUCAGUGCCCACCUGGACAAGGCCUCCAUCAUGCGGCUGACCAUCAGCUACCUGCGGAUGCACAAGCUACUGAAUUCGGGAGAAUGGAGAGAUGAGGUGGAGGCAGAGGAACAGGUGGACGCGUAUUACCUGAAGGCCUUGGAUGGCUUCCUCAUGGUCCUGACCGAGGGGGACAUGAUCUACCUCUCCGAGAACGUCAACAAGCACCUGGGCCUCAGUCAGCUGGAGCUCAUUGGUCACAGGCGUCUUUGACUCAUUCAUCCCUGUGAUCAAGAAGAACUGCAAGAUGUAUUGAGCCCAAGGCAGGGUUUCUCAAAGAAGAAGGAGGUGAAAACGGAACGUAGCUUCUCCUUGCGCAUGAAGAGCACCCUCACGACCAGGGGGCGCACUGUCAACCUCAAGUCCGCCACAUGGAAAGUGCUCCAUUGCUCCGGCCACAUGCGGUCCUAUGCGCCCGCACAGCCAGCAGGGGGGAAGGAGGCAGAAGGCGGCUUCGUGGAGCCCCCUUUGCGGUGUUUGGUGCUGAUCUGUGAGGCCAUCCCCCACCCGGCUAACAUCGAGACCCCGCUGGACAGCGGCACCUUCCUCAGCCGCCACACCAUGGACAUGAAGUUUACCUAUUGCGACGAGAGGAUCGCAGAGGUGGCUGGUUACACGCCUGAAGACUUGCUGGGCUGCUCCAUUUACGAGUAUAUCCACGCCCUGGACUCCGAUUCUGUCAGCAAGAGCAUCAACACCCUGCUGAGCAAGGGGCAGGCGGUGACCGGGCAGUACCGUUUCCUGGCCAGGAACGGAGGCUACCUGUGGACCCAGACUCAAGCCACGGUCAUCUCCAGCAGCAAAAACUCCCAGCCCGAGAGCAUCGUCUGCGUACACUUCAUCUUGAGCCAGGUGGAAGAGAUGGGCCUGGUGCUCUCCUUGGAGCAGACCGAGCGGCAGGGGGAGCAUCGCCGGCUGCCCCCGCCUUCCCUCGAGGGGCUGGACUCCGACGGGGCCCUUGACGACCUGGAUGCCAACGGGGGAGACACCAUCAUCAACCUCAGCUUUGAGCUGCGCGGCCCGAAAGUCCUGGCCUUCCUGCGUCCCGCCAACAUCAGCGAAGAGGAGCUGCAGCUGGACCCCAAGCGCUUCUGCAGCCCCGACCUCCAGAAGCUGCUGGGCCCCAUCUUCGACCCUCCUGGGACCCAGAGCCAAGCGCCAGGGACUCUGCGGGCAAGGCCUCCGGCCGCACCACCCAAGCCUGCUCCGGUUGCCAAGAACGCUUCUGGAGGCAGGACCCCGGUGAACCCGGUCGAGCUGCCAGAAGAGCUGCUUUUUGACGUGGAGAACGUGCAGAAGCUCUUCGCUUCCAGCAAGGAGGCUCAGUCAAUGGAGACGGCCCUGCAGGACUACGAAGGCCUGGACCUGGAGAUGCUGGCCCCGUACAUCUCGAUGGACGACGACUUCCAGCUCAGCAGCACCGACCACCCGCCCUGGCUGGCCGAGAAACGGGGCGGGGUCCCGGCACCGGGGACCCGGCCAACCUCGCCACCCCCGCGGCCUCGCUCGAGAAGCUUCCACGGAGUCUCCCCACGCCCGCCCGAGCAGGCCACUCUCCCCCGCUGGGGCAGCGACACCAGCCUGAGCCAUCCCCGCCCUGUCCAGCCCCCAGGAAGCCCCCCAUGCGGGACAGAGCAAGUGGUGGAGAUGGUCGCAUCCGUCAAGAUCCAGGCCGUGCAGGAUGGGAGCGGUCAAAAUGGCCAGGCUGCCUCCGUGGGUGGGAGGAAGAGGGCCCGGGAGCUGAGCGUGGAGGAAGAGAGAGAUGUCUUCCUGGAGGCAGGGCUCCCUAAGCGCGCCCGUGGCCUGGAGCCCGAUGGCUUCCUGAUGCCCUCCCUUAGCCUGGGUUUCCUGCUGAGUGUGGAAGAAUGUUUGGAUGCCAGGUCCGAGCGCGGUUUUGGGGGCACCAUGUCCCUGGGCAGGAAGCUUCUGUCGCUGGAGGAGCCGAUGGGCCUCCUGGGGGACAUGCUGCCAUUUGUGGUGGACGGACCAGCCCUAUCUCAGCUGGCCCUGUUUGACGGCGAGGACGAGGCCUCCGUGCAGAGCGGGCAGCAUUUCCAGCUGGGGGAGGAGCUCCUGGUGGAACUGGACCAGGCCACCUGAGGUGGUGGCCCCCCCGCCGCCGCUCCCGCCGCCGCCGUAAACCCUU